CCGGCCCAUUCCUCUGCAGAUGGAAAACCUAGCAGAGAGCGAGAAACCCUUUUCUCAGACCAUCUCCUCCGUAUGGAAAUUUAUGCAUUGUCCAUUACAACUGGACAUGGUGUUCCUCUUCUGAGAGCUCUUCGCUUCUAAAAUGGCCAGUACCCUAAACAGAAAUCUUCUCUCUCACAUACAGAAACGUUUGCUGCAAUCCUUCUAUUCAACUUCGUCAUUGCCCACCACCACCUCACCGUCAUUUACAGUUCAAAACCUCGUUAACUCAUCUCGGAAUCCCCUAGAAUCUAUUCUCUCAGAUUCCAAGCACGGCAAGAAUUACCUGAAGAGAACUCAAUCUAUACUGAAGGUCUUGAAAGCUUACAACUUCAGUGAUACCCAUGUGGCCAGACUGAUCGUAAAGUGGCCCAAACUCCUCAAUUGCGAAGUGAGCUCAAAUCUUCAGCCGAAAUUGGAGUACCUCAUGAAACAUGGCUUUGUGGGUGAGCUUCUGCCUGAGCUUAUUGUGUCAAAUCCGACAAUUUUGAAAAGGGCGUUAGAUACUCAUAUCAAACCAUCUUUGGAGUACCUGAGGUCUUAUCUUUGUAGUAAUGACAAUAUUGUAGCUAGUGUGAAGCGUUGUUCAUGGUUGCUGACGUCUGAUUUGAAGGGUGCAAUGCAGCCAAAUGCGGAAUUCUUAAUAAAAGAGGGUGUGUCUCUUCAUAGGCUACAAAAAAUUAUUAUGUUGCAGCCAAGAGCUAUUAUGCAAAAGCAUCAGAAUAUGGUUUAUGCAGUGAAUGCUGUUAAAAAUCUGGGCCUUAAACCAACGUCUCCAAUGUUUAUACAUGCUGUUAGAGUGAUGAUAUCUAUGAGUGAGUCUACUUGGAAGAAGAAAAUUGAGCUGAUGAAGAGUUUUGAAUGGAGUGAGGAAGAGAUUUUGUCGGCUUUUGUGCGAGAUCCACUUUGCUUAGCUUGCUCAGAGAAGAAAAUCAAGAAUGUGAUGGAUUUCUACAUGAACACUGUGAAGUUGGAACCGCGAAAUAUAAUUUCGUAUCCCAAGUUUCUUAUGUAUGCAGUUGAGAAAAGGCUUCGUCCAAGGUAUGCAGAUGAAGUCCCAGGUUUAUUGGAGAUGUAUGUUGGAGCCAAGGAAGUUAAAGAGACGGUCAUUUCAUAGCAAAGUAGUAAGUUUACAUUAACAAUGCAAAACACAUUUGUUAUGUCGUUUUGAUUCCUCAUGAUAAAUUUUUGUUCCAUUCCCUUAUUUCUUGGUCGGUUUCCCCGUUUUUGAUUCAUGUUGUUAAACGUUAAUCACUUCAUAUUCUGUAUUUGAACUUCCAAUAUUGAUGACACAACCAUAUGCACUGGUCAAGUUCUUAAAUUUUGAUGUCAGAAAACCUUGUUAUGUUCU